AUGCUUCUCAGCCAGCAAGCGACAAAAUUUUCGAUAUUUCUGCAUUCGAAAAGUUCCUUCAAGAUAAAAUUAAGGUCGAUGGUCUCGUCGGAAAUCUCGGAGAUACGGUCCAGAUUUCCCAGAUAG